ACUUUACACUAUUUACUAAAAAUGUUAGCAGCGCUGUUUGUGCUCUUGCUGCUCUGCACUGGCAGCUGCGCUGAGAAUUCAUUAAUAAACCUUGGCGAUAUAGCUUAUCCUGGACGCUGUGUUAUUGACAUGGGCGCUUCGCUAGCGCUGCUUAGGAUGGGCGAGUCUAUUAAGCUAGAGAAUUUACCCUGCACUAUGAUAUUUUGCAUGGGUGAGGGCUACGGACUGUUGCGCACCUGCGAUCACAAACCGCCACCAGAUGAUUGUCAAUAUGCUGAUUACAUUUAUUGGAACGAAGAGUAUCCCAAGUGCUGCAAGCGUCGCAUUAGUUGUUAGCAAUGACUUUGAAAACUUUACAAAAUUCAAGCUACUAAUAAAAUUUAUGUUAAUUUUUGGGCUACAGCA